CCCAACCACCACGCGUUGCUAGCAUUCUUCCCCUUCACUACCCACAAUCUAUUCGUAAUAGUCACUCAAUUUCUGAUUUGGGCCUAGUGGCGUGUACAAUAGCACAUACUCAACCCCUGCUUGACUACACGAACUUUGAUCCGACAUCCACUUGAUCGUUUUCGCUUUCCAAGUCCUACUUUCGUUUUGAAGACACGCCUACUAGCAAUAAGAUAACGCCAGCCCCAAGGCGCAAUGGCUCAUUCCUCGGCCGUUAAUCGCCCUGGCUACCAGACAUACGCAGUUCCCCUGCCUGGCGGAAAGAGGAAGCGGGCGGCUGCGAACAGCCAGUCAGAAUCGGCUGAACACAAUGCGAUUCCCAUGGUAGCGCGCUUGAAGAGGAGUCGCCCCAACCAGGACGAGUACAACGCCAAGUACAUGGCUGAGAUGUGCUUCAGCGCGUACAAGGCGCGCUUACGCAUGGCCGGCUAUACUCAGUAUACCGCCGAUGUUGCGAACGAAUGGCGAGAGGAUCUUGUCGAGACAUUCAGCCACGCCGCGUUGAAAGGAACCAUCAAGCAGGAUGCAGCAUCUCGUCAUGUCGUCCCUCGUCUGACAACUCUUAUCCCUCGAAGGAACGAAAAGAAGGGCGAGCUUGUGAAGGACUUUGCGAAGCACUACGAGACUGUGCGAAAUGAUAUGAUGGUCAUCGACAGGGUGAUGGGAAACGGUUUCAAGGUCGGUGAACGAUCUAUCAUCGAAGUACGCGAGUGUCUCAAUGGCCUACACUAUAUUCUCGCCAAAGGAGAGCAAUGGCGCAACGUCAUGCCUUACACACCGCUGCCAAUAUACCGCCUUCGAGCCCUCCGCGACCUGAUAAAGUACUCACGGCCUCACCACCUCCUCGGCGAUCUGGUCACCAACAUUGAAGACAUGGAAAGUUGGCUCAGCCCGCCACUUGCGAGCUUUAUUUUUCCGACUGGUUCGAUCGAUGAGACGAUGGAUACGUUGCAGGAAGCAACCGAGGACAAGAUUGCAAAGACCAGCAUCGGCUCCUACGCACAGCAGAUGGCAGAAUACCGAGCGCAAAAGGCCAAAGUCCUGCGUCUGCAGAAGGAGGAACAGGCCCGUCCGCAAGAGAAGGAACGUCUUGAAGAAGUCCAACGAGGUCAAGCAGAGCGAGAGCAGCUGAAGCAACGGAUCAAGUCGCUCGAGACGACUGCCGCAAAGGAACGCGCUCAACAGAGUAUGAAGAAGGCCGUAGAAGCCGAAGCAACAGCUCAACGCGAGAAAUCGUACCAGGUUCAGAUUGCGCAAAAUGCAACUGAGAUCAACAGACUCAAAACCGACCUAGCCAACCUGGCUGCUAAGCAGGGAACCCAAAAUAAGCCCGAAGCCACUUCGAUAUCGUCAUCUCCAGUUGUUUCGGGACAGAUUGGCACUUCAAUAAGCUCGUCUUUCAGUAGCAACCAGACUUCACACCAUCCUACGCCGAAAGAUGAAGACGUCCAAAUGACGGACGCUCGAGGCUUUGAUAGCUCGCAGCAAGACCCAAAGAUCUUCGGUCCGGUCGGUUCUUCAGCGAACAGUAUACGCGGUGUAGGCCAGUCAAAUCCCUUCAAUGCUGGUAUCACCAAUGGCGCCCUCUCACAUCCUCUCGGAAUGUCAGCCGGCGACGGCAACUUCAAGGCAGCUUGCCCAGCAUACAAGAACGGGACCUGCACAUUAGGCAGGAGUUGCAAGCUACCCCACACCGCGUGCAGGUUCUGGCUAAAAGACAUCAUCAACCACAUCCAAGCCAUUCAACAAAACUGGUUCAUCCACCCCUCCACCUCAGAAGAACCCAUUCUCCCACCCUCACUCCUCGCCGGCGUCCCAAUCAACUGCCUCCCAGCCGCAAUCAUCGAAGCCAUCCACGAGCUCUCCACCUUAACAAUCGGUCAACGAGACCGAGCGCACAAUCUCCUAAACACCUAUUUCCAAGCGCGCAUCCGCGAAGGCUCAUACAGCGGCAAAUCCCAAAAGAUCUUUGCCAUCUUGGAAAUCAGCGAUGUGAAAAAGGCAUGUGAGAGUUUGCGAAGAAUGAGCCGAGGUCGCGAGAUGCAAGGGCCCGUUCCAGUCAAAGAAGAUGCAAUGAGGAAGAGGAAGUACUCGAUUAGACACGAGAUGAAUGCCGUUACUGAAGAGGAAGAAGACGAAGACGCACAAAGACUAGCCAAACGACUGAAAGAAGAAUUAUGCGUUAUUUCGGAAGACGACAACACCAAGAAUGAGCCUAGCAUAUCAGUCUGCCUCAAUUUCGAGGAUAUACCCACGCCUCCAGAUUCAAAAGCUACAAUAAUAACAGCAACACUUCCUUCUACGACUACAACACCCCAGACUCAACGCCGGAACCGACCCCCUCCGAUUGUCAUUACAGAGAUCCCCACUCCUACAGGUACCUCCCCUGGCAUCGUUCCACCGUUUUCUUCUUUCACGCCCCUUUUCAACAGCCUAGCACAAGAAUUCGGCGGUGACCCAGACACACCGUGUCCGAUGCGACAGAACACUUACCAACCCCAGCUUCAACAAUCACAGCCAGAUCUCCUCAACAUUACAGACAACAGCUACGGUGACGACAAAAUCAUCAGCAACGAUAAUGCCAACGGCAACGGCAAUCUUUUUGAAUCGUAUAUGUGCGAUACAUACCCAGCCCCUAAAAUUGAUCCUCGUGUCCAGGCAGCGCAGAGAGCGACGCACGAGUUUAACGUGAGGAGGAUGGAGGUAAUUGAGGCGCAGAGAGUGUUCGAGGGGGCGAGGAGGAGGUUUGGAGAGGCGAAAAGGCGGAUGGAGGGGAUGAGGGGAGGGGCGGUAUGGCGAUGA